AUGGGUAAUGUCAGCGAGUCCAUGCGCUUUUGCACAAGCAGGUACUUUUUCUGCCGAGAUAGCUGUUGGGAGGUGGAUCCGAGGGAUGGCCCUUUUCCAGGAGUGAUUGACAUGUAUGGUGAUGAAGGAGGUUUGAUUGAAUUUAGAUCCAGUCUCCUGGCUACCCGUGGUUUUGCUGCUCUUUCUCUGCCAUAUUUUGACUUUGAAGAUCUGCCUAAGGUCAUGAAAGAAUUCAAACUCGAGUACUUUGAGGAGGCAGCUAGAUUCCUACAGCGUCACCCAAAGGUGAAGGGGCCAGGAGUUGGAGUGAUUGGGACUGGGAAAGGGGCAGAAUUAGCACUCUCCAUGAUCACCUUCCUGCCAGAAGUAGUGGCUGCCGUCUGUAUCUCCGGCUGUAGUUCAAACACAGUUGCAGACCUCCAUUAUGGUGAGAUGACUCUGCCUGGGCUGCGUUUUGAUAUGAAUAAGGUCAGUGUUUCCGAUGCUGGUGUAUUUGACAUUUUUGAAGCUCUGGAUGACCCAACGAAUCCUGCUAAUUCUCCUUGCACGAUCCCCAUUGAAAAAGCAGAAGGUCACUUUCUCUUAGUGGUGGGGGAAGAUGAUCGUAUGUGGAAGAGCUCCUUAUAUGCUGAGCUGGCAAUCAGGCGUCUACGCCAGCAUGGGAAAGAGAACUUUGAACUCUUGAGUUAUCCAGGAGCAGGUCACCGAAUUGAUCCUCCUUCUACUCCAUUUUGUCAGGUAGCUAUGGAUCGUGUUCUGGGGGUGCCUGUUCUGGGGGGUGGAGAGAGCAAAGCGCAUGCCCAUGCACAGGAACACUCCUGGGGAAAGAUUCGGGAGUUUCUGCACUUGCAUUUGGGAUGAACACUUAAGCAUCUGCAAGCUGUUGCAGAACUGCAGAGGACUGAGCUUGAGCCACCAAAAUGACUGGUGAAUUGGAGGGACUGACAGAGAAUAGCUUUGAAAUACGAAAUAACCAAAUGACUACUUAGCUACGAGUAU